GCUCACCGCCUGCCCGGCGGGACGGGGCUUAGGCCGGAGGUCCCCGUCUGCACACUCACAAGACGCCCCUCCCCGGGCGCCCGCCGAAGACCACCCCCGGGGCUGCGCCGGCAUGGCCACGGAGACGGGGGCGGGGCCUCCUUGCUCCCGCACCGCCCCCUCUGUCCUCCCCGCGGGGUCGGGCCCGCCGGACGCCGGGUCCUCCCCCGACCCCGGCUAAUGACCGGGCGAGAGGCGGUAAUGAGUGUCUGGGCUCGGGUCGGGCGUGGACGGGAUGAAAGGCGCGUGGUGGGGGGGAACCCCGGGGCCGCGUAAUUACCGGCCCCUCCCGGCAGGCCAGGCUGGGGCAGGGACGGUGCACCUGGAGGCCGCCCGGCGCGGGCGCGGAAGGGGACCGCCCUGGCAGAGACUCCAGCCCGCCCGCCUGGCCCAGAUCCCCGGGGCUCAGAGCCAGGGAGGGGGAAGCGGGGACUGGAUGUGUGUGUACGUUGCCAGGUAUGGUGCACAUGUGUGCCGUGGGCAGGGGACUCGUGGGUACAGAGAUGGAGAAACAAGGUUUCUGGGGACCAUGCCUGUGUGAACAUGAAAAUGGGGCCGUGUGCCUGUGCACAUGGCUAUGGAAGUGUGUGCAUAGAACUCACACGUGUGUGUGUGCGUGUGCCCACAUGGAAACAUGUUUGCAUGGUCAUGCCUUAUGUGCAAGAACACAAGGGGUUGUGCGUGGACCCCAAAGCAUGUGCAUAACCAGGGUGUGGGAUCAGCCGGGGACAGCGCUGCUGCGUGUGCAUGACGCGGGGGAACCGGGACUCACAGAUCAUUUGUGCCCAUGGCUGGUGGCGUGACUCAUGCCCCUGGGGUGCGAACAUGCCACGCGCUGUCAGCAGCCGCCGGGGUCUCUAAGGCAGAGGAGAGCUACAGGAGCCCAAAAGCCAGGAGGAAGAGUUUAACUUUAACUGACUCCCCCGUCCCCACCCACCCCGUUUCCCACCUGCAUGAGUAGGUGGGGACAUCUGAGAUCCCUAGGUGGCUGCCAACUGUGAAUUGGCAGGAGAUUCAGCUGCCUGCGCCCUGGCCUCAGUUUACCUCCCGUUCCUAGGAGGGGUCUUCCUGGCGGAGGGGGACAUGGGAGGGGGCACCUGGGUGGAGCUCCCUGUGACUCAUGUCCCAGGAAUGUGGAAGCUGCCACUCUUCUGCUCCUGCCCCAGCCCCCAUCCCAGAAGUGCAAAGGCCAGGCAGCGCAUCGGCCUUGCUGGUGACCGCAGUCCCCAUCAACGGCAGGCACACGGGCUGUGGAAUGGGACCCGGGGGACACCCGGAGGCCCACACCAAUAAUAUGCAUUCAUGCAGAGGACAUACGUCAGGCUCCCUGCAGGCACACAGAGGGGCCGAAGCACCCCGACUGGGGCUGUGGCAUCUCCAUGGCAACACUGGAGUGGCAGUCAUGGAGAGCACACCCCCCUGGGGCAGCUGCCAGAGGCUCAGGGAAGACACCUGUGUGUGUCCAGGCGGCCGCACACAGCAGUCCCACAUCCUGGCCCCCACACCCAAGCAGGAGGACACAGGUGCCCAUGGACCUCGUCCAGCCUUCGAUCACCAUCCCACCCUUGAGUGUCAGCGAUGGCCCGGUGCCCAGCUGUGCAGCCGCCUCAUCAUCCCAGAAGCCAGCACCUGGAUCCAGGCCUCCGUCCGGACUCCACACUUUGGUAGCCACACCUGUCCACACCGCCAGCUCCAACCCCCAUCAGGCUCAGGGCUCUCUGCCCGUCCGGCUAGCUCCAGGGGCUAACCUCGGACCAAAGGUUUGCUCACAUCCUCGCCACCCGGCAAAGGCGACCCUGUUUACCCCGACCGCGGCCUGCUGCCUUUUCAGAGUGGACUCCUGGCCACAGCAAAACUGCGCCUCAGCCAGGCAGCGACGAGGACUUCCUGCCGCCAUAAGCCCCCCCGGGCCCCCAACUGUCCCGGCUCCUGGCUUGUAGGCUUCCAGGUACACAGGGGCGUCUCCAACUGCUCCCCUCCCCCAAAUCUCCGAGCUCCCUGCAGCCCCCUUGCCAACCACCUCACUGUGAACCAGAGGCCACGUUCAGACAAUGCCCCAUCGGUCCCUUCCCAGGCCUCUCCGAAGCCCAAGCACAGCGUUCAGAAAGCUCCUGGGAUGUUCUGGCCUUUGCCCUCUCCACCCGCCCCUCCUCCCUGGGGUUCCCCCAAGCCAGACUUGAGGAAUCACCCCUUUCGAGUCCUUGCCUUCGCCUUUUGGUUUAGGACCCCAAAUGGACUUCCCAAUUGUUCCCCAAAUGCACCCGCUUUCACGUCUUCAGACAUUUGCACACGCCAUGCCCCCCACCUGGGGCACCAGUUCCCUCUUCCUAUCCUUGGCAAAGUCCUAUUCCUUUGGCAGGGCCUCAAUCCAAGUGCCCUCCUCCCGCUCCUCGCCCUGCGCUCCCCCCAGCCCGGGGCUCGCGCACACGGGGUCGUGCGGAGGGGGCAACAGGCAAUGGCCCAGCUUAGAAUGGGGGGUGCACGUGCGGCGCCCCCGGGUACGCCCCCUCUUCCGUCCCGGAGCUGCCGCAGGCGUCAGACCCCUUGGCGCGCAUCCCGCCUCCAAACUGAGGACGGCCGCACGCCUCCGCGCCGCGCCGCGCCUGCGCACUCAGCCGGGCCACGCCGCAGUCCCACCUCCGGGCGGCAACCCCGCACAGCUAUUGGUGCAUGCGGAAGAGCGAACGACGUGGCCACCAAUGAGGCGUCCCAGGGGUGGGCGGGGCCUGGGCCGCCCGACGCGAGGACGGGGGCGGGCGGGGCGCCCUCCCCACGGUGA